AUGGGGUACGUGAAAAGUUUGAAGUACACCUACGGCAAAAGUGAUAACAAGAAAGCUAAUGGUGAGUGGCUAAUGACGGAAUACUCUUUGUAUGAUGGCUAUUUGGGUGCUAGAGAAAUUAAGAACAAGGGUUAUGUGAUUUGUAGGAUAAAGAAGAAGAGAAAACCCAAUGAUGAUAACGAAAACGGAGUUAGCAAUGAGAAUAUGAAUGAUGUUGAAGAACUUAUUGAUUCAUCUUUGCAAUUAGAAGACGACAUUAAUGUAGAGGAAGAUAAUGUUGGGGAUGAAGUACUUGCUAUUUUGGACAAGGAAGACGAUGGUGANAAAAAAAGAAUUCAAUAA